GGCACUCUGCAGAGCCACAGACACAAAGAGGCACAACAGUUCAGCCAUGGGUGGAGGAGAGUCAACACCUGCUGAUCCUCCUAAAAUACAUUUUGGUCAGCCAUGGAGGGAUGUAAAAACAGGCUACCUGAAGAAUUAUACAUUUCUGAAUUCUUACAAACCUGGACACCCAGAUGUCAAAAAUCUGAGAAUUUUGCUUCACGGACCAGUCGGGGCUGGAAAGUCCAGCUUCAUCAACUCUGUUCAAAGUGCUUUAAGAGACAGAGUUGCUAUUUCAGCUCAAACGGAUGCAACCUCUGGAAGCAGCUUUACACGGAAAUACGAGACUUAUGAAAUAAAAAAAGACGAUGGAAGCUAUUUCUCUUUCAUUUUCAAUGACAUAAUGGGCCUUGAGGAAAAGACCGACAUGGGAGUGAAAGUGGAAGAUGUGAAACUGGCCCUAAACGGACACGUGUCAAAAGGUUAUCAGUUCAAGUCGGACCUCGAGAUUCAGGAGAAUGACAAAUACUACAACUCAUCUCCCACUCUGAAUGACAAAGUUCACGUCCUGGUGUCUGUCAUUCCUGCUGGUUCAGUGUCUAUAUUAAGUGAUGGAGUUGUGAAGAAGAUGAGAGAAGUCAGACUAGCAGCCAGUGAUAUGGGAAUUCCUCAACUGGCUAUUCUGACUAAAAUUGAUGAAGCGUGUCCUGAAGUGAACACAAAUAUGGACAAAGUAUAUGGCAGCAUAUACUUGAAGGAACUGGUUGACAAAUUCAGUGUGUUGCUCGGCAUUUCUCCAAACUGCAUCUUUCUCGUGAGGAACUACCACGAGGAAAUCGACACCAAUGAUGACAUGAAUGCGCUGAUCCUGACUGCAGUGAAACAGAUGAUUUACUUUGGAGAAGACUUUGUCGACAAGCUGUAGACCUUCAAACUGCUGAGACGUGUGGUGGAAAUUUGUGGAUUAAGCCCUUGUGAGAAAUCAAAAGUAUCUUAACUAGAAUAACUAGAAUAUAGAAACAUGAUAAAGAAUACAGAAAUCAUCAACACAAACAGUAAAGACCGCGGUCAAAGGACUACAAUUCACAUGAAAAGGGGCAGAUUGUUCUUUCUCCCACAGAGGAGCUAGAAGAUCUGACCAAGUUUCUGGGGGAGAACAGGAGCUUUUAUACACCGGAGAGGUUUGUGUCUAGGAAAACAGAAGACCCCCCCUACAAAAGGAAGAUUUGUUGUAAACAGAUGUCGCUGGGAGACGCCCGUGACCCCUCCCUUAAACGGGCCCAGUCAAUCAUAGUUUUCCAAGUAAGGAAAGGUUCCUGAGACAAUCACAAUUUCCAGCUCAACCAAUUCUCCCCCAACAAGGUGAACCUUAGCAUGACAACAUUGCUUUGAAUACUUUCUAUUACGCAUUUGUGCAGGGGCAUGUUCUUAACAUGAAACCAGGUACAUAAUUUAAGUUACAUAAGAAACUUUUACUCAACACCGGUGUGAAAUCAUUUAACAAGACAUUUAUUAAAUGCUUGCAAGCAUGGAACAGAGUCAAAACAUUGAUCGAGUAAUCAUCGAUCUGGUAAAUAGAAGAUCAAAACAAAUAGUUAAGUCUAGACGGGGCUAAAUUUGAUUGGAUAAUCAGACUAAUACAAGUUUGAAUGUUUUUAAUGUGUAUUUACACAUGCAUGCUAUACUGCUGUUUACGUAAACCCACAAUAAAUAACAAAUAAUUACA